CCGGCAGCCAGUUGAGUUGCAGUUACCCAUGACUCCAGCCAGUGGUUGGUAGGAAAUACAAUUUUUUGUUUUGCAGGUUGUUGAAGAAGAAGAAGAAAUAUCCGUCCGCCAUAUUGCAGUGAUACAGCGAUAUUUCCCACUUGUCUUUAGGAAGCUGAAGACUGAGUUUCCUCGUAAACCGGCAUAAUGUUUGCGACACAAGUUUAUGGAGAUAAUGGGAAAAUGAAGGAAUAUCACUAUACUGGACCAGUAGAGCACCGAUUCUCUCCAUAUUCCUUCAACGGAGGGUAAGCAUCAAUAUCCAACUAGCUUAGCUACCUAGAUAAUGCUGCUAUGCUGUGCAUCAUUUUGUUGUUCUGCAGAAUGGACAGUGACUGGAUAUAAGUUAAUGUCUGACUAAAUGUGUCCAUGAAGCAAAUAACACUUAGCUGAUCAACAUAUAUUUUUUCCUAACUAGCUACGUGAACAACAGACGUUUCUAGGUACAUGUUUGGUUUCGAUUUCAGUUAGGUAAUUAGCUAACGUUGGCUAUUCUCUGACGCUAACAGUAGUUAGCCUAGUUUCUUUCUAGCUAACGUUAGCUAACUAGCUAGCUACUUCAGUCUCGGAGCUGAUUCAUGUUUUGCCAAAACGAACAUGUUUGUCAGGGCGCCAUCAAGUCUUAACAUAGUUUAUCUUGUGCUUUCAGGACUGUGCUUGCUGUUGCCGGUGAAGACUUUGCCAUUGUGGCCUCAGACACCCGUCUGAGUGAAGGCUAUUCAAUCCAUAGCCGUGACUCUCCAAAAUGCUACAAGUUGUAAGUCAAGCGCACAAUACUGUAUUUCCAAGGAUGUGCGAAGGCAGAUUGUCAGAUUGUGUGGUUUAACUCCACUAACUGGCUCACUAUUGCUACCUUCAGUUAGGCAGCCGAAUGCUGAUCAUUUUUUCACAAAUUGGUCCUUUGACCUAUCAGAUCUGCUCUGAAAAAGAGCUUGAUGUGAAAAUAUCUGAUGUGAUUGGUCAAAUACCAAUUAGAGGAAAAUAUCAGAAUUGGGCUGCCUGUCUAAACACAGCCUAAGUUACUUGUCAACCAUUGUUAUGUAAUGACACAGAUGACACAUCUAAAUGCAGUCUUGGUAAAACGAAAUCAUUUGAAAUGGUGGUGAAUGGAAAUGAAUACUGCUUGUGAACAUCAUAAUAAAUAAUAAUAAUCAAUAAUACAUUGGAUGUUCAUCAAUAUUCAACCACUAAAUGCUGUUACUAAUACAGUUUGUUUCAUUUAUCACAGGACAGAUACAACUGUCAUAGGCUGCAGUGGAUUCCAUGGGGAUUGCUUGACUCUUACCAAAAUCAUUGAUGCAAGAUUAAAGGUGAGAUAAUCUUGGUCUUGAGACUCAGUUUCACUUUCUUUCAUAAAUGUUACUUUAAAAAUUGUUCGCUAAGCUGAAAGUUAUAGACUACUGCUGUACACAAUAAGUAUAACUUUCAAACAUGAAAAUGGGAGAAAAAUAUUUUUAGAUGUACAAGCACUCCAACAACAAGAGCAUGACAAGUGGAGCAAUCGCAGCCAUGCUGUCAACAAUCCUGUACGGUAGAAGAUUCUUCCCCUACUACGUUUACAACAUAAUCGGUGGCUUGGAUGAGGACGGUAUGUCUCCUGCUCUAUUUCUGUUAUUACUAUUAUCAUAAUGUGUAAGUUAUUCACUGCAUGUUUUUUUAAAAAUCCACUUCUAGUCCAAUAUCUAUUACUCUCCAAACUGAAUUGGAUUGUUUUUGCUUUUCAGGUAAAGGAGCUGUUUACAGUUUUGACCCAGUGGGAUCCUAUCAGAGAGACACAUACAAAGCUGGAGGCUCAGCGAGUGCUAUGCUGCAACCUCUGCUUGACAACCAGGUAAAGAAACAGUGGCAUAAGUUCAGUAUCACUAUCUUUUGAGGGCUUCGUUCCUCCCAAAGUACCUCUGUCCAAUGGAUUGUACUGCAAUCCGACAGCACAACAUGACUUGAAUGUUUGUAUGUAAAAAAUUUGAUAUUAUUUGGCAGUGGCAAGGAAACUCUAGACAUUCUAGUGGCCUUCUAGAUACUGUAUCAAAUCAAAUGUUAUUUGCCACAUGCGCCGAAUACAUCAGGUGUAGACCUUACAGUGAAAUGCUUACUUACAAGCCCUUAACCAACAAUGCAGUUUUAAGAAAAAUAAGUGUUAAGUAAAAAAUUGAUACGUUAAAAAUAACAAAUAAUUAAAGAGCAGCAGUAAAAUAAAAUAACAGUAGGGAGGCUAUAUACAGGGGGUACCGGUACAGCGUCAAUGUGCGGGGGGCACAAGUCAGUCGAGGUAAUUGAGGUAAUAUGUACAUGUGGGUAGAGUUAAAGUGACUAUGCAUAGAUAAACAGAGAGUAGCAGCAGUGUAAAAGAGGGGGUGGGGGGGACAAUGCAAAUAGUCCAGGUAGCCACGAUUAGCUGUUCAGGAGUCUUAUGGCUUGGGGGUAGAAGCUGUUAAAAAGCCUUUUGGACCUAGACUUGGCGUUCCGGUACCGUUUGCUGUGCUGUAGCAGAGAGAACAGUCUAUGACUAGGGUGGCUGGAGUAUUUGACAAUUUUUAGGGCCUUCCUCUGACACCGCCUGGUAUAGAGGUCCUGGAUGGCAGGAAGCUUGGCCCCAGUGAUGUACUGGGCAGUACGCACUACCCUCUGUAGUGCCUUGCGGUCGGAGGCCGAGCAGUUGCCAUACCAGGCCGUAAUGCAACCAGUUGGUUCAGGACAAACCAGUUCUUGGUUUCUAUACAGCCCCUUAUGGUCUUUGUCUUUAUUCUUAAUUUACAAUCAGAUUGGAUUCAAGAACAUGGAGGGUGUGCAGCACCUGCCCCUGAGCCAGGAGAAGGCCGUGCAGCUGGUCAAAGAUGUCUUCAUCUCCGCUGCUGAGAGAGAUGUGUACACCGGGGACGCCCUCAGGAUCUGCAUCGUCACCAAGGAUGGCAUCAAAGAAGAGACAGUCCCUCUCAGGAAGGACUGAACAACCUAUUUCCUGCCGCUGUGUCAAGCUACCACUUACGUCUGGAUUUUUCAUAUUUUGGACCUAUCUCCUACUUUUCUUUUUACGUUCUUGAUGAAGAAUAAAACUGUUCCCUGUAGUUAAUUUUCUCAUGUUGUCAGUGUCCAUUUUUAUUAAAC